CGGGCGGUCCGGCUUCACCGGUGGGGAGGGGUUUCCGGGUCCGGACCCUACGAGUUCGGUUAGUGGCCGGUCCCUCCUUAUGCCUUGUUUGCGGGGCGUCGGAGCGGAGUCUGAGCCCCAGCCCCGCCGCUUCUCGGGUCCGCUCCUCUUCCCCAGUCUCCGGGCGUGAGGUUAGAGACCCAGGGGCUAGACCAAGCUCUCAAUACCCAGGACAAACCACCAGAGAUCCUGUUGUCUUUCCCACAAGCAGGAUUUUAAAUGUUCCAACCUGGUGUGAGCUCCCAGUAAUAGUGAAGAGAAGAACUGUGGGUCCUGGAAAUGUGGACACAAAGGAAGCUUCUGAAGGGAGAGGGCAUGAGAAGGUGACUGCUCAGUAAUAGUUCCUGCUGAACACCUAGAGGAGAGCUGAGGUCAGAUGAUGGCAUCCAAGUUCAUACCAGCUGAGCCAAAGGCCCUUGUGACAUUCGUGGAUGUAGCCGUGAAUCUCACCCAGGAGGAGUGGCAUCUUUUGGGCCCUGAUCAGAGGAGUCUCUACAGGGAUGUGAUGCUGGAGAAUUAUGGCAACAUUGUUUCACUGGGAUUUCAAGUAACUAAACCUGAUGUGAUAUCUCAACUGGAACGAGGGGAAGAGCCAUGGGUCCUGGACACACAAGGAGCUGAAGAGAAAAAAGUUCUAAGAGGUGACUGCUUAGAUUGUGAAACCCAGACUGAGAGUGAGGAUUUGUCUCCAAAACAAGAAAUUUCUGAUGAGCUGAAGUGCCAAAGUCUGAUAUUGCACAGACUCAGAGGACUUUUGCCUCAAGCACCCACAUUUGGAGAAGCUGUUGAAAAUGAGGACAGGUUAAAGGAUGUGUGGAGAUCUCCUGCAGGGAGGAACCUAAGGACAUGCCUUUCCCAGAAGAGAGGCUUCAGGCCAGUGCCAGUGGUCCAUCAAAAACCUCUCAUAUUGGAAAGAGGUCAGGAAUGGAGUGAAUUUGGGAAAAAUCUCAGUUUGAGCAUGACCCCUGUAAGGUAUCAAAAAGUUUCUUCAGAAUGGAGACCCCAGCAAUGUGAUGAAAUGGGCCAAAUAUUUGAACAAAAUUCAGAAUUAAUUACAUAUCAGAAAGAACAAACAGAAGAAAAGCCCUCUAAAGCUAAAGUAUAUUGGAAAGCGUUUACUCAGAAUUCAAACCUCAUUGAACUUCAGAGAAUUCAUACCAGAGAGGAACCUGGUGAGUGUGAUGCCAAUGAAGAAACUUUCAACCAGUCAUCAAUCCUUAUCAAGAAGGAGAAAGUGCUUAAUGGGGAAAAACCUUAUGAAUUUAAUGAAUGUGGAAAUACCUUUAACACACAGUUAUCCCUUAUUCAAAACCAUAAAAUCCCCACUUUAGAGAAACCUUAUCAGUGUACAGAAUGUGGGAAAGCCUUUAGCUUGAAAGGAAACCUUAUUCGACACCAGAGACUUCACACUGGAGAGAGACCAUUUGAGUGUAAUGAAUGUGGAAGUGCCUUCAGUUUGAAGGGAAACCUUAUUCGACAUCAGAGACUUCACACAGGUGAGAAACCAUUUGAGUGUACUGAAUGUGGGAAAGCCUUCACUCGAAGCACUGCCUUUAUUCUUCAUCAAAGACUUCACACUGGCGAGAAACCCUAUGAGUGUACUGAAUGUGGGAAAGCCUUCAGCCAGGAAGGAAACCUUAUCCAGCAUAAGCGAUUUCACACUGGUGAGAAACCCUACCAGUGUAAUGAAUGUGGAAAAGCCUGUAGUGAUCGAACAUCCCUUAUUCAUCAUCAGAGAAUUCACACUGGAGAGAAACCUUAUCUGUGUAAUGAAUGUGGAAAAUGCUUCAGCCAGAGUUCAAUCCUUAUUAAACAUCAGAAAAUUCAUACAGGGGAAAAGCCCUAUGAGUGUAAUGAAUGUGGAAAGGCCUUCAUUCUAAAAUCUUGCCUUUUUAGACACCAGAGAAUUCACACUGGAGAGAAACCAUAUCAGUGUAAUGAAUGUGGGAAAGCCUGUAGUGACCGGACGUCCCUUAUUCACCACCAGAGAAUUCACACUGGAGAAAAACCUUAUGUAUGUAAUGAAUGUGGGAAAGCUUUCAGCCAGAGCUCAAGCCUCAUCACACACCAGAGAAUUCACACUGGAGAAAAACCUUAUGAGUGUAAUCAGUGUGGAAAAACUUUUAGUGCAUCUUCAAACCUUAUUCAGCAUCAGAGAAUCCACUCUGGAGAGAAACCUUAUGAAUGCAUAAAAUGUGAGAAAACUUUCAUUUUGAAGUCUUACCUCAUUAGACACCAGAGGAUUCACUCUGGAGAUACCUUGUGAAGGAAGACACCUUUGGGGGAGAGCCUUCGGUAUGCAUUCUUCCAUUACUUGGCAUCAAAAAUGUCACAUUGGCGACACACCGCAUGGUUGUAAAAGAACCACAAAACUUUUAUAAUAAUAAUGAUUGUGAUCAAGUCUUUAUCCAGCACUUCAGUCUUAUUCACCAUUAGAAAAGUUUUCUGGAGAAGAAAACUCUGUGAUGUACUUUUAGUAAUAAUGUUCACUUUGCAAAUUAAGCUCUUAUAGAGGUCCUUUUGCUUCUCAAAAUACUGCCUAUGUGAUUUAAGUAUGCUGCAACUGGAUGGUGUCUGCCACAUAAACUGAACUUAGAGUUUCAUGUCCUGGUAAUCUUGGCUCUUGUAAGAGGGUAUUUUUACCUCCUCAAACACUACAUGUGUCAUGUGUGAUUGAUGUUUUCUCCCACUCAGUGAUUGUAUGGUGCUGGCUGACAGAUGAAUUUGAACUACAGGCUUCAUAUUCAUGAAAGUUUCUCACAUUUUUUCCGCAUGAAUUUCAACAUUGUUUUAUAUUUUGAAAAGUCUUGAUUAACUAAGGUAAAUUAGGUGACUUUAGAGAAACACUAUAUCUAACUAAACACAGUAUUUUAGAGGACAUUUGUUAACCAAUUUCUAGGCUUCAGUUAGGUAGCUUUCCUCCUUUGGUAGUUCUUUAUCUUUUAUCCUUGUACAUGGCCACAGGGAGAAAGAUGUGACACUUUUCAAUAACAUCAUGAUGACAGCAGUUUAUUCUGUUUAAUUUUUUGUUUGUGUGUGUUAUUCUGUUGUAUUAGAUGAAGUUCAUUUAACUGCUUUGGCAGUUUGUAUUUGAAGGUAUUAGUAGUAGUGACAAUGCAUGUCACAGUUACUUAACUUUGUAUCAGAUGACCUUCCCAGUUCUGCGCCUUUGUGAGCCUCAUUUAUUGUUGUAGGCCAAGAGCUUCUCUCAGCUGCCAGAAAAAGACAUUCAGAAAGGAAAUUCAGUGUCUUCCUCCCUCUCCUUAGCGCUAGGAUCUCUUCUUUCAUUCCAUGAGGCAUUUGAAGUACUAGAAAGGUAGAAAAACAGUGUCCUAUGAUUUAGUUCAGUAAUAGGAGAUAUUUAGGCUGUUUUCUUUUUUUCCUCCUGAGAUUCUGUCUUCUGUUCCCACUCAUCAACAACUGAGUGGUUAGGAAAGCUGAUCAAUUUGCCUAAAGCCAAGUAGCCUAAUAAUGAAUUUGCCUAAAACCAUAUUCUCUUCUAUGUUACCGUAUGUUCCCUCCCAAGUCUUACCUCAGCCUAUCAGAUCAAUGUACCUGAAGCCAUUUUGCCUAAAACUAAUUAGCCUAAUGCCAGUUUGCCUAAUGAUCAAUUCACCUAAACCUAUUAAGCAUUUUGGCACAACUUUGUGUGUGUAACCUGUUUAUGGUUUUAGCCUCCAUAAGCAUUUUUGCUUCUUUUUUGUCUCACCUCAUUUUGAGCACUUUAAAGAUUUGUUAGCAAUGUCUAAGGAUACUCCUAACUAAAUCAAGUAUUUAUCAAAUUUACAGCUUUUCAUAUAGGACAGGAUGGUGUUAACUCCUUACACAUUUUUCCAGACCUUUUGAAGAUGUUUAUCGUUUUAUCUACCCUUGUAUAUUUUACCACUUUAUUGAUUGAGAAGCAAUGUGGAAUAGUAGAAAGAGUAGUAAAUGGGUUUGCAGUCAAAACUACUUAAAUGGGAGCUCUGUUAAUAAAAUUAGUAUGUAUUCAGUGUUCA